AUGUACCUGGAACCAACCAUUAUCCAUAAAUGGGUGAAGGACCAGGAGACACUUCUGCAGCGUCUGAGCCAACAUGACAAGGCCAUAAUUGGAGGACACUCUGCAAAGUACGGAAGCAACAGUGUGAUGAACCUUCGGGAAAAAACGAUAAUUGAUAUUCAAUUGGUGCAGAGUAACGAAGUUGGUGGUAGCUACCAUAUGGAACUGGAGGGCCUGAAAAGGAGCCUUGCGAUGCUGGCAGCACGUGGUAUCGAGUUGGACUACAUUGUCACCGACCGUCACCCACAAAUACAAAAAUAUCUCAAAGACAACAAUAUCAAACAGUUUUAUGAUAUCUGGCAUCUGGAAAAAGGCUUGUCAAAGAAACUGGACAAGAUUGCAAAAGAGAAAGACUGUCAAGAGGUGAGAAAAUGGCAGUGUAGUAUCAAGAACCAAGUAUACUGGACUGCAACAUCAUCCACCUCUGGACAAGAGAAAGUGGCAAAGUGGAAGUCACUCGUCAACCACCUGCAAGACAUCCACACUCACGAAGACCCCCUCUUUCCAAAAUGUGAACAUCCAGAAAAAAGCAGCACAGACCCGAGCAAGUGGUUGCAGCCAGCUUCUAAACCACUUUACAAAUUGGAUAAAACAUUAAUGAACAAAAGGGUCCUGAAGGAUGUCGAGAAGUUGAGUCCCCAUCAUCAGACUUCUUCCUUGGAGGCAUUUCACAGUGUAAUCUUACGUUUUGCCCCAAAGAACGUUGUCUUUCCUUACCUUGGAAUGCUGUGCAGGUUAUACUUGGCGGCCAUGCACUUCAAUGAGAAUGCUCACCGCACACAAGCAGUCUUAGCUUCUGGAAAGCCUUUUUACAAAAUCAAGUUCCCAAAAUCUAAGAAGGGGGUAUGCACUGCAAAGCCAGUAAAAACAGGGCAAACAUACAGAGCUGAUGGAAGUCCUUUUUGA